AAGCAUUGUUGUUCACCUCUCUCGUCCCCUCCGUUUUAAAACCCUAAUUCGCUUCUGAACCCCGCCGCUUUUGAGAGAGAGAGAGAGAGAGGAUGGUGUGGUUCCAGUGCGAGGAUUGUGGUGAGAACCUGAAGAAGCCGAAGCUCCCCAACCAUUUCCGCAUCUGCUCCGCUUACAAGCUCUCGUGCAUCGAUUGCGGGGAGAUCUUCAGCCAACAGAGCGUUCAGAGCCACACCCAGUGCAUCUCCGAAGCGGAGAAAUAUGGUCCCAAGGAUCAAGGUAGAGCUUCACAUACCACGCAAGCUAAGCCCGACAAGCCUAAGCAAAAUGCAGAUGUUGACAUAAAUGUUGGUUUAUCUUCACAUCCUCCUUGGUUUUGUAGUCUUUGCAAUACAACCACUACUAGCAAGCAAACUUUACUGCUGCAUGCGGAGGGCAAGAAGCACAGAGCAAAAGCACGAGCUUUUCAUGCUUCACAAAAACAAUCUAAUGCUGUAGAUUCAGCUGCAAAUGAGAAAGGAAUACAAAGUUAUGUUCCUAGCAGUGAUUCUUUUAAGCCAAAUGGUCUUGAGAAGAUUGAAGAACAUGAGGAAAAAGUGUUGGUCCCAAAAGAAAAGGAGAGCACCACAAAAAGAAAGAGAGAAGAUAAAGAAUCAGAUCGAGAUAUGGACAAAAAUGUGGAGAGACAAAAUUUGUGUGGCUUGAACAAUGGGGAAGUGAUUCAAGCUGGAGAGUCGAAAAAACCAAAGAAGCGUAAAGAUCAUGAAGAUAAACAGGAGGAAAGUAAGGAAAUUACGAAGCAUAAAUUCAAGUGGAAAAAGAUCGCCACUUCAAUCUUGAAGUCGAAUCCGGAUCAGUGUAUGAAGAUUAAAAAGUUACAAAAGCUUGUGGUGAAGGAACUUCGGGAAUCUGGUCUAACUGACGACAAGGAGCAUCUUCAUGAGCUGUUGAUGGACAAGAUAAGUACGAGUUCCCGUUUUUCAAUUGAUAAGAAGCAUAUUAAGUUGGUGGGAGAGGGGGGAGAAUCAUGAUGUUUUUUGGGGACCAGAGAUGAAAUUCCUCACAAAAAAUCGGCGUGAAUAGUAUUACCAUCUGAGGUUUAUAAUUUUUUUGUUGGAAUUCUAUGCUUCCAUGCCUACUCCAUAUCAGAAAUGUUGCCGAUUUAAUCAACUUGCGAAACUUAGCUUGUUUAUUUCACGGGUGCAUGCAAAGGGGAUCAGCAUGCUGCUGCAUAUCGAAGUUUUAGCAGAUUAUAAAUCGAAGGAAAUUUUGUGUUGGAUAAAUUUUAUAUUUGGGACACUGUUUAUGAGCUAAUUAGUUCUAUUACUAUGUCAUUUUCUGGGAGAGAUCGGACAGCUCAUUUUACAUUCGUUUUGGUGAAGAUUCAAUUGACAAUUUAUGUUGCCGGUAAAGCUGGCGAAAAUUGGAGAUUAUGUCUCAUUUUUAACAGUUUAUAUUAGUUUCAAGACUAAGCUUAAUUUUUGAAGUUCCCGGUUUGUGGAUUAUGGCGGUCCAUGGAAUAAUCGUGUGUUCUUGAACCGGCCGUGUCCGGCUUCUCUUCUGCUUGCCCAAACCCUAAGUCAUAUGCCACGGUGGCUCCAUCAUCCAGAAAAGUUCUAUGCAGUCUCAUCAUACAGCAACAUCUGCGAGGCUGCGACCCAGCAGUUCCAGUGGGUGGGUGUGCGUGUCAUCGAAGCAUCUUAUGAUAGG